UUCUCCUCAUUGUUACUUAGUCUUGUGGUUGAGUUGCCCCUAUACCUGUCCUCGUUCAAGAUGGCGAGGGAUCACGGUACGACGCUCUACCUUCUGCGGGUCAUAUCCCUCCUGGUGCUGCUGCUCCCUUCAUCCACGCCACAGGAACUGCAGCAGGCAGGAACAGCGGGAACGCACAAGAUCAACCGUGUACACUUAACAGAUGGACGAGCACCUCACGAAGGCAACAUUGAGGUUGAGGUCGACGGAGUUUGGGGGUUCGUGUGCGACGACGGCUUUGGCUUCGUGGAGGCGGACGUUGUGUGUCGCGACCUGGGGUAUGAACGUGCCGAGACCUUCACCCGCAACAACUACUUCGGUAAUAAUUCUCCAGGUGUUUAA